GCUCCAGCCCCGGAGCCCCGCGCCGCCCCGGACAAGGCAGCCGGGGACCGCGGGUGGCAGCUCGCCGCGCCCUACCUGCGCCCCGCCGCGCUCCAGGAUGCUGCCCCCGUCCCGCACCCAACUGGGGCUGUUCUUCAUCCUGCUCUGCCCCGCCAACAUCAUCGGGCUCUGGUGGGCAGUGGGCAGCCCCCUGGUCAUGGACCCCAACAGCAUCUGCCGGAAGACCAAGCGCCUGGCGGGGAAGCAGGCGGAGCUGUGCCAGACGGAGCCCGACAUCGUGCAGGAGGUGGCCAAGGGCGCCAGGCUGGGGGUGCGGGAAUGCCAGCACCAGUUCCGCUUCCGCCGCUGGAACUGCACCAGCCACAGCAAGUACUUCGGCAAGAUCCUGCAGCAGGAUAUCCGGGAGACGGCCUUCGUCUACGCCAUCACCGCGGCCGGCGUGAGCCACGCCGUCACCCAGGCCUGCAGCAUGGGCGAGCUGCUGCAGUGCAGCUGCGAGGGGACGCGGAGCCGGGCUCCCCCGCUGCCCACGGCCGGCCCGGGCCCCGAGGGCUCCACCUGGGAGUGGGGCGGCUGCGGGGACGACGUGGAGUUCGGCUACGAGAAGUCCCGGCAGUUCAUGGACGCCAAGCGGAAGAAGGGCAAGAGCGACAUCCGCACCCUCAUCGACCUGCACAACAACGAGGCCGGGCGCCUGGCUGUGCGGAGCUACAUGCGGACGGAGUGCAAGUGCCACGGCCUGUCCGGCUCCUGCACCUUGCACACCUGCUGGAAGAAGAUGCCGCACUUCCGCGAGGUGGGCGACCGCCUGCUGCAGCGCUUCAACGGGGCCUGCCAGGUGAUGGGCGCCAACGACGGGAAGACGCUGCUGCCCGUGGGCCGCGGCCUCAAGCCCCCCGACCGUCAGGACCUCGUCUACUCGGCCGACUCGCCCGACUUCUGCGCCGCCAACCGCAAGACGGGCUCGCCGGGCACGCGGGGCCGGGUGUGCAACGGCACGGCCCCGGGCGUGAGCGGCUGCGACCUGCUGUGCUGCGGGCGCGGGCACCGGGCCGAGACGGUGGUGCUGGAGGAGAGCUGCCUCUGCCGCUUCCGCUGGUGCUGCGUGGUGCAGUGCCAUACGUGCCACGUGCACCAGGAGCUCAGCCUGUGCCUCUGA